AUGUCGCGAACAUCUCGUCUCGUACCUGUUCUCUGGACACUCAUUCCACUUUCAACCGCAAAAUUACUAUGGUCCACCACACCAGCAGAUAUCAGCGACAUCAUCCGCACUACAUACCCGCUCGGAAAUGGCCGUCUAGGUGCAAUGCCAAUCGGCCCACCAGGUGCUGAGAUACUCACUAUGAACCUAGAUACUCUAUGGUCAGGUGGCCCGUUCUCAGCAUUCAACUACAGCGGUGGAAAUCCAAACUCUUCUGUUGCCGAAGCUCUACCGGGUAUCCGGGAUUGGAUCUUCACUAACGGAACGGGUAAUGUGACAGAACUGCUGGGUUUAGAUGACGCCUAUGGUUCUUACCAAGUUCUCGGGAACUUGAGUGUGAUCAUCCCUUCGCUGGCGGGUGCCGAUGCUGUUAACUAUACACGCACGUUGGACAUGAGCAAUGGCGUUCAUACGACGGCAUUUAGCGUGAACGGUAGCCAUAUCGAAACUGAAGCUUUCUGCUCCUUCCCAGAUCAGGUUUGCGUGUAUACGGUUCGUUCUUCCGGUGAGUUGCCAGCUCUCGGGGUGAGAUUGGACAACGACCUUGUUGAUCCGGAGCUGCGGAAUGUUACUUGCGUUAGUGGUAAUGGCACGGAGUCGGGGCAUCUAAGACUAAAGGGUGUGACACAGCUGGGUCCACCUGAGGGUAUGCGAUACGAUACAAUUGUACGAGUGGCAUCUGGCAGCGACGUCACGACGAAAUGCAAUAGUGGCACGAAUAUAUUGAACAUCGCACCUGGAAACGGUACAAAAAGCGCUACGAUAGUACUAGGCGCCGAAACAAAUUAUGAUGCAAAGAGAGGGACAGCAGAGUUCAACUACUCCUUCCGCGGCGAAGACCCAGGCCCAGCCGUCGAAGCAACAACAUCUGCCGCGGCCGCGAAAACCCUAACUGAGUUACAAAACCGCCACAUCGACGACUUCACUUCUCUUACAGGCCGCUUUACACUAUCCCUUCCCGAUCUUCUGAAUUCUUCCCAAACACCGACAUCCGAACUCAUUGCACGCUACAACGCAAACAACACAGUCGGCGACCCAUAUAUUGAGAACAUGCUCUUCGACUACGCGCAGUACCUCUUCAUCUCCAGUUCACGGCCUGGCUCUCUUCCACCAAACCUCCAAGGGCGAUGGAGCGAAGGGCUCUACGCUGCCUGGUCGGCAGACUACCAUGCGAACAUCAAUCUCCAAAUGAACCAUUGGACAGCUGACCAAACCGGAUUAACAGACCUCCAAUCACCGUUAUGGGGCUAUAUGGCCGAUAAUUGGGUUCCACGCGGCAGCGAGACUGCCGACCUGCUAUAUGGCGCACCAGGAUGGGUGGUGCACAACGAGAUGAACGUCUUUGGUCACACGGGAAUGAAGAGUGGUGCUGAGUGGGCGAACUACCAGGCUUCUGCGGCGUGGAUGAUGCAGCAUGUGUUCGAUCAUUGGGAUUAUUCGCGCGACGAUGCGUGGCUGCGGGAUCAGGGAUACCCGCUUAUGAAGGGUGUUGCCGAGUUUUGGCUUAGCCAGCUCCAAGAAGACGCCUUCAAUGGCGAUGGUACACUGGUUGUCAAUCCGUGUAACAGUCCUGAGCACGGUCCUACAACAUUCGGAUGCGCGCACUACCAGCAACUCGUACACCAGGUCUUCGAAGCGGUACUCUCCACGAUGAGCAUAGUCGACGAGCCAGACACUUCUUUCAGAAGCAAGCUUACAGAUUCGCUCGAGCGGCUUGACAAAGGCUUCCACAUCGGUACGUGGGGCCAGAUCAGAGAGUGGAAGCUUCCGGAAGAGCCAUAUGGUUACGAGUUCAUCAACGACACUCAUCGCCAUCUCUCUGAAUUGGUUGGUUGGUACCCUGGCUACUCGAUCUCCUCUUUCCUCGAUGGCUACGCCAACAGCACCAUUCAAGAUGCCGUUCGGCAGAAAUUGUACAGCCGCGGUAAUGGUAACGGCCUAGAUGCGAAUGCCGGCUGGGCAAAGGUCUGGCGCUCGGCUUGUUGGGCCCGACUUAACGAUACGGAGCAAGCCUACUAUGAGCUUCGAUAUGCUAUCGAGCAGAACUUUGCUGGAAACGGCUUCAGUAUGUACUCUGGUACUCAAACUCCAUUCCAAAUCGACGCGAAUUUUGGGUUUGGAGGCGCGGUGCUGAGCAUGCUCGUCACAAACAUGCCGACUGCCGCGGGCGGUAGCGACAAUGAAAGGACUGUGAUCUUAGGCCCCGCGAUUCCGACGAGUUGGGGCGGCGGGAAUGUAAAAGGAUUGAGACUGAGAGGUGGUGGAAUCGUCGACUUUGGUUGGAAUGAGAAUGGAGUAGUUGAGACAGUGAAGACGUACGGUAAACUUGGGGGCCUAAAGCUUGUGAACAAGGAAGGCAAUAUCCUCGAGUAA